AUGCCGGUGUAUGAAAACAGGCACCUUCUGCGCCUUCUUCUGUCCCCGCAGGAGCAGGCGAAGCAAUUCGUGGAGUACUGCCGGGCCCAUCAGGUGAUCACGCGGGGCCUGUGUCGCAUAGGCACCACACCGCGUGGUGGCAUGCGUGGUCUUCUCGCCAACAAAGACAUCAAGAAGGAUGAGAACGUGGCGAUGCUUUCCGUGCGUGCCUGCCUGCACCCUGGGAAGGCAUUGAGGGAGAAGCGCUUCUUUGAGUUGCUCCCGCCGCGGGAGCGGGAGAUGUUUUUUCUGCGGCGGCCCUUUAUUGAAAACAGCCGUGUGGCGGACCGGUCGCUGAUUAGGCACAACCAACUCCUGCUUGCCGCCUACAUGUCCUACCUCAUCCUUGGCAGCGGUCUGACUGAGGGGGAACAGGCACUCAAGUACGUGAAUUUCAUGCCCCGCAAGGAGGGCGACUUUGAGCAACUCACGAGCAACUUGAGUGGUGCGCUGGACGGUGCAGAGGUGUGCCGGGUCUGCCAGUCGGCGCUGGCCGCGCACUUCAACGUGACGCAGGCCGAGGUGCGCCCCCUGCUUCAGUGGUCGUUAGCGAUGAUAUUCAGCCGUAUGGCCCCGAUUGACCACCGCCGGACGCUGCGGCGUGCGUUUCUUGGGACACCUUUUGAAAACGCCUUUGAGGCUGCCGGGCCGGAGGAGGACAAAAACUUCGUGAAGGAACCCAUCGCGUUUUUGUGCCCCGUGAUUGAUAUGUGCAACCACAGCGAGCAUGAGAAUGUGGCGCUGAUGGUCCCGGAGCACACCCCCACGGCGCACGAGCCUGUGAUUUGCCUGCGCUCCCUGCGCGACGUGGCGAGGGGGGAGGAGCUCACCAUGACCUACGGGGGCUCGCCGACGGAGCUGAAGGUCAUCUGGGGCAUGCAGCGUGUGCUGUGA